AUGAUGAUAGAUGCCCCGGCGUGUUGCGAAUUAUCUGUUGCUUGCAGAUAUUAUGUUUAUUCUUUAGAUGGAAAUAAACAAAAACAAGUACAAGAAGAAGAAGAUAUUGAUCUCUUCGGAGAUGAUGAUGAUGGCGAGGAGCUGAAGAAGCUGGCAGCAAAGAAGAAAGAUGAAGAAAAGCAGAAAAAGAAGAAGGCUGAAGUAGUAAACAAAUCUAUGCUUGUUAUUGAGGUUAAACCCAACAGCUCUGAGACAAACUUAGAUGAAAUUGCUGUAGAAAUUAAAAAAAUUAAUAUGAACGGAGUCUCGUGGGGUGAAAAUAUCAAAAAGGUGCCCAUUGCUUUCGGCCUAUACAAACUACAGGUGCAGUGCGUGAUACUGGAUGAUUUAGUCGAUACACAAGAAGUUUUAGAUAGAAUUGAAGAAAUAGGAAUGAACGAAGAAGACAAACAAAAGAGAGAAGAAAUUCUUCAAAGAGGCGAAGACGAUCAAGACUAUGAAGAGCUCUCGGGGCUUGUUCAAUCUGCACAGAUUGUUUCAUUUAAUAAACUCUAA